AUGACUUCGCCAAAAAGUACCCAAAAAAUAACUGAUAAACUUGAACAAAAGAAUGAACAUCUCGUACAUGAAUAUGUUAAAGUUCUCUUCAAGAAAUGGGGUGACAAAUGGCUAACAAUUGCACCAGGUGUUAGCAGGCACAUUUUGAAUAACGCUGAACGUUUUCAUUACUUAUUCAUUGAUCAAGAAGGCAAAAAAGAUAUUGUAGUACUUGUCGAUAGAUUUUUAGAAUAUGUUGAUGGAAAAUUUAUUGGUGACUGUUCAAAAGAAAAUGCUCUACUUUCUGGUACUACUGACAAGCGAAUUAAAAACGAUUGGACCUUGUUUUCUGGUUGGAUGGAUAGGUUAGAACCAGUCAUUGCUCAAUUUGUCUCCACCUAUAAGGCAGAUGUUGAUGAAAAAUUCUGUGAAAAUAAAAUUAGGAAUAAUGAAAUUGAUCCUGAUAAUGUGUCUUCUGGAUUAGUACAUGUUCCAUUCAAUUUGAUUACAGCAGGAGGGGUUACUUUUAAAUUAAGUUUUGCUGUAGGUUUUUUUGGUACUAGGCAAGUCAUUGGUUGGUACAUUUCUGAUGAAAGUAAAACGGACGAAAUUAAAAAUAUGCCAAAAGUCACUUUUAUCAAAUUUUUACAAAUGAAGAGGGCUUUGGAUUUAGUGGUGAUGGAUAUUUUAUUUAAGCACCAUCGGUUUGAACAAAUAACGUCACCAAAAAGUAUUCAAAAAACAACUGAUAAGCUAGAACAAAAAAAUGAACAUCUCGGACAUGAAGAUGUUAGAGCUAAAAAUAAGUAUGAUGUAUGGUUAAUGGUUGCUGAACAUUUUCGGUGCUUAUUCAUUGAUCAUGAAGGCAAAAAAGAUAUUGCAAUACUUGCCAAUGAAUUUUUAGAAUAUGUCAAUUGA